AUGCUUCAUUCCGGCAUAACGCAAUUUUUGUGCAAAUAUAAUAUUCUUUUUCACUUUACACCUCAAAAAACCAACCAAAAACCAAAAAUGGGCGCUGAAAGAGUAACCAUGAACAUCGUCGUCGUCGGACAAGUCCAAUCUACAAAGGCCAUAAAAAUGAACGUCAAAGCUACUACUCCAGCCACCAGCCCAUUGAUGGUGAGUUAA